AUGAUUACAGCUGGGAAGCCUGAUGACUCUCGCUUUAAGACCUCCAAGUUCUCGUCCGGUCCGUACAGUGCCGGCUUUGAGGGACGUGUCAAGAUGGCCGACAAGCUGAAGCCUAUUGCAGAGAAGCUGGGUUGUUCACUCCCGCAAAUGUCGGUCGCCUGGGCUGUCUCCAACGCAAACGUGUCGAUGGUGCUGGCGGGGGCCAGUAGUCCAUCGCAGCUGGAGGAGAACUUGAAAGAGCUGACGUUUGUUGACAAGAUCACUCCAGAAGUGAAGGAAAAGAUCGACGCGAUCGUCGACUUUGUGCCAAGCGUCCCGGAGGCGCGUUCGGGCGUAGUCGCUUCUUGUAGUUUUGCCAUUUCGGAGUAG